UUAACUAGAGUCCUAAUAAGAAAUCUAUUGAGAAGAUUCAAGGAUACAUCAACAUCUCAAUUUAGUCGUAAUCCUUAAUUGUUAUACAUUAGGAGCAUUAUCAGAAAUCGUCAUCAUUCUACAUCGAUAUAAUUGCAUUAGCGCAAAAGCUUUACGUGCAUGUUUCACACUGAUCGAUUGGAGGAGUGAAUUGCCAUUGUUUUGAAGACAUCGGUCCGGGGACAUCAAAUUAUUAUUAUGUUCUCAUUCAGUGUGGAUUGGAUCACGAAGCAUGAGAAUUUAAAAUAAAUGAAAAUAUAGCAGAAAUGGGCACUACUAUUGUUUACAACUAAAAUGUACAAUACGUAAAGUUACCCGGAUAUGUGAGUUUACAAUGAAACAACAAAAAGGAGUCGAGCGGGGUUAAUGUAAAUUGAUCGAUGUGGAUUAUUAUUCUACACAAAUUACGAUAGCUCUUAGCUCAAAAUAAAAGUGUAUAAAGAUGAUUUUCAUGGCAACGAACAACUCCGGCAAUUGAGAAGUACAAUAAAAUACACCAUCCUAAAGAGAAAGGGUAGUUGAUGAAUGAAUACUAGCGCCGUAUCUUCCAUUGGAUCUGAGGUUCACAUAAUGAAGAUUCAUGGGCCGUCUGUUGUCCUCCUUUUAAUGGCUGCCAAAAUGGGCAUGCUUACUCAAGCAAAAAAUCACACAAUAAGACAUCACAAGAAAACAAGAGCUGACGUUAUGAAGGAUCUCCUAAAAGGUUACGAUAAGUGGGAGCCACCGUCUUCAGGUCCAACCGUAGUGGAACUAGGCAUAUACAUCAAUAGUUUCUAUGCAAUCAGCGAACAAACAAUGGAUUACUCCAUCAAUAUAUAUUUACGACAACAAUGGACCGACCCAAGACUCGCUGACAAGAAAAACAAAACAAGAGGUAUGUUAAAAUUAGAAGACGGAAUGUGGGAGAAGAUCUGGGUACCCGAUGUUUUCUUCCGCAAUGAGAAACAAGCUCAAUACCAUUAUGUCACAAUACCAAACAGAUUGCUAAGGUUGUUUCCAGACGGACGAGUGUGGUAUGCCUCAAAAAUUACAGCCACGCUUACAUGCCCAAUGGAUCUUGCAAAAUAUCCACUAGAUGAGCAGAAAUGCCCCAUGAUGUUUGAAAGUUUCGGAAACACGUUGGAUGCUGUUAACUUUAAAUGGCUAACAGACCCACAACCAUUAGAUAUGGGGCAGGAACCAGAAUUACCUCAAUUCAGAUACGUCGGCUAUGAAUUGCAAACAUGCAGACAGAACUACAGCACAGUUGGCAAUACAAUGGAAACAUUGCAUUACAAAUGGUUACAACCUAAGCCAGUCGCUGGUGAUUCCAAUCUUGAACUGCCACAAUACCGAUAUGUAGGUAAUAAAUUGAUGGAUUGUCUUCAAAACUAUACCACAGGUGCUUACCCAUGCCUACAGAUCGAUUUUAUACUCAAGAGAGACAUAGGAUACUAUCUUAUCCAGCUCUAUAUACCCAGUGUUUUGAUAGUAAUUCUAUCAUGGGUAGCCUUCUGGAUUAGCAUUGAUGCAAUUCCAGCUCGUGUCACAAUUGGACUUCUUACAGUGCUUACAAUGACAACACAGAGCACAGGAGCAAGAUCUCAACUUCCAAGAGUAUCUUAUAUUAAAGCCAUAGACGUUUGGAUGUCAACGUGUUUAUUAUUUGUGUUUGCGUCCCUUUUAGAAUUUGCUGUUGUUAAUGUAUUUUCAAGAAAGGAAAUGAGGAGAAAUAGGACACUUAAUGGGAACAGGAAGUUAAAGGAAGAGCAUGUGACGAUUGAGCAGAUUAAAGUAGUCACUCGGAAUGGAAGGGACUUUAAAGAAGUCAAAGAGAAACGACCAUUUGUUCGUGAUGGAGAAGGGAGGAAUAGAGCCAGAUAUAUUGAUAAACUAGCAAGAAAGAUGUUUCCCUUAUCAUUUGUUCUUUUUAAUUUGAUAUACUGGCUCACAUACAAGUUUGCAUGACACUCUAUGUUUGUACUAUUUUAUUAAAAUAUAAUAUUGCGUCAUAAUGUAACAUACUGUGAAACACACGUUUGCACCAUCAUUACAUUUUAAGCUCAAUUUAUUACUGAAUAAACCCACGAUUGUGUUCGAC